AUGAAGGUGCAAAAGCACGUGAAGCACCUAGAAGCCACCGAGAAGAAUCGUCAGUGGGUGACGAAGCAGCAAAUGGCAGACAACAGUUUCGCCUGGGCGGCCACGAAGGGACUCUUGAGAACGAACGAGGUGCAUAAGAUGGAAGAAGCCAAACUGGUGAUUGAGGAUGAGGAUGCCUACAUGCUGGAGGAUGAUGUCCCCACCCCGGAAACCGAUUCUAUCAGCCACAAGCCUGCCGAGGGUGUCAUGAGCAAAUCGAAGUGUGUUUUUCCAACAGUGCAGAAGAACGACAGCCCUCUCACUGUCCUCCCCUCGUUCCUCUCUGUGCUGGCGAAAAAAAUCGAGAAUGGUUGCUUGGAGCAGGAGAAGUUGAAGAAGAUGGAGAACCCCCGGGCCGAUGAGAUUGCAAACCAUUUGCAGUCUCUCCUGGACAAGCUGAACAGCGACUACAAGAAGUUGACCGACAAAGAGGCCGAGGCUAUCACGGACGGCGACGGGACGAAGACAACACUGCUCAAGGAAGAGAUCAUGGCUUUGUUCGUGCAAUGCACGAAGACCGAUGUUAUCCUGAACAAUUACAUCGCCCGGGGCAAGAGCUUCAAGCCCAGCAGCAGCAACCUCGGAAGAUCCGGCGGCCUGCAAUCGCACGCGGGAGCCGAUUCGCCGUCUGAAGGAUCGGAUUCGUAUUCUGAAGAUGACCUGGCAGAUGCCUUGAUGAUGGAUAUGGAGCGAGGGGCUGAUGCAAAGUCUGUGGUUCGCCCGGCUACCAUUGCUUCGAAGAGGAUGAAAAAGCUAGGUGUCGUCGACCCCGAGAUGGAGCGACUGGCUCGUUUGGGGCAUGGCAAGUACCACAAUGCUUCUCGGGCUUUGCAUGGAUUUGUUCAUCGUGAGGGUAAGACCUUACCGAUCCCGAUCUCCACGACACCCCUGACUAUUCGCAAGAAACGGGGUGGAUGUAUCGAUGUGUCUUACCCCAUCCUACGGCUCACUGAUUGGCUGAAAUACAUUCUGGGUGAAGCUGGAGGGCAGUUCGUGCUGGCUGGACAUCAUGUGUGGGACACAUCUUAUCAAGAUGUCUUCAAGAGGUUUUGGGAAAGGUAUCAGUCGGCUGAUCCACAACACGUCGUGUACUCCCAAAAGAACGAGCAGCAACGGUCCCAAACGAUUCCAAUCUGCAUACACGGGGAUGAGGGCCGGGGCUUAGCCAAAGUCCCGGUCCUUAUCACGAACUUUCAAUGUGUGGUGCCUUAUCUUGGCGAGGAUCGCCUCAACACUCACGGGCAGAGCCUUUGCACGAGGCUUUUGCACUCGAUACUUCCAGCAUCCUCCUAUGCCCCGAACGACAAGUCUAUCGACGGCAUCCAUGCUGCGAUCAGCGAGGAGCUCACGGAGCUUUUCGAAACCGGGGUGAGGGUGCAGGUGGCUAGGUGCUAUUUUAAAUAUUGGUAA